AGUCGCACUCGGCCGCCGCCGCCGGCGCAGCUAGCGGAGACGCGCCGGGCCGAGGCGACCUGACCCGGACGAGCGGCGCGCGCGGGGGCCCAGGCGGGGGGCGGGAGGAAGCGCCGGCCGCCGGGGCCCAGGAGGAGCGGAGCGGAACGGAGCUGGGGACACGGGCGGGGCCGCCGCAGCUCCGGAUGGGACCAGCGCCCGGGCCCGUUAGUCCAAGCAGGAGCUUCGGGAGAAGCCUUCGCAGGAGACUCACCCCUGCCUUCCCCUCCCCUCCGGCCCAGGCCUCGCUUUGCUCCCCGCCCGCCCAUGUCCCAGACCGUCCGCGCCGCGGGCGCCCUCCCGCCUCGCCGCCCCUUUGGUCCGGUUUCCCGCAGCUCCCCGGCCUCCCAGCCCCUUCGGCCGUGAGGUGCCCCCAGGCCGUUUCUUCGUACCAGUUCACCCCCGCCCCCAACCCCAUCCCAGCCUCGGAUUCCCCGUUGCUCCUCAGGCCACUUCAGGGCUCCCUGUCCCCAUCCCGGCCGCGGGCCCCUUCCGUCUGUCCGUGCCUCCCCCUGCCACCCUUCCCCUAGUGCUCCGUGCUGGCCCUAGGCUGGCGGCCCACCCCCUCCGCACCCCAGGCGGCCUCUCCUCUCCUCCGGGCGGGUCCGGGUCCCCAGCACUUUGCGGGGCCCGGCCGCCUCGGCCCGCGCCUCUUGCCCAGGCUCCAGGCUGGGUGGUGCCCGUGCCUCCCGGCUAGGCCAGAGCGGCCCCAGGUGCUGGGGGCGGAGGGGCUGCUGCUUUAUCCCCAUGGCCUUGCCAUCGCUCCUGCUGUUGGUGGCAGCCCUGGCAGGUGGGGUGCGUCCUCCGGGGGCGCGGAACCUGACGCUGGCGGUGGUGCUGCCGGAGCACAACCUGAGCUACGCCUGGGCCUGGCCACGGGUGGGUCCUGCUGUGGCACUGGCCGUGGAGGCGCUGGGCCGGGCACUGCCCGUGGACCUGCGGUUUGUCAGCUCCGAACUAGAUGGCGCCUGCUCUGAGUACCUGGCACCGCUGCGCGCCGUGGACCUCAAGCUUUACCACGACCCUGACCUGCUCUUGGGCCCCGGCUGCGUGUACCCCGCCGCCUCAGUGGCCCGCUUUGCCUCGCACUGGCGCCUGCCCCUGCUGACUGCGGGUGCUGUGGCUUCUGGCUUUGCAGCUAAGAGCGAGCAUUAUCGCACCCUGGUUCGCACGGGCCCCUCGGCGCCCAAGCUGGGUGAGUUUGUGGUGACCUUACACGAGCACUUCAACUGGACCUCCCGCGCUGCCCUGCUGUAUCUGGACGCUCGCACCGAUGACCGGCCUCACUACUUCACCAUCGAGGGCGUCUUCGAGGCCCUGCAGGGCAACAACCUCAGUGUGCAGCACCAGGUGUAUGCCCGGGAGCCAGGGGGCCCUGAGCAGGCCACCCACUUCAUCCGGGCCAACGGGCGCAUUGUGUACAUCUGCGGUCCUCUGGAGAUGCUGCAUGAGAUCCUGCUCCAGGCCCAGAGGGAGAACCUGACCAACGGGGACUACGUCUUCUUUUACCUGGACGUCUUUGGGGAGAGUCUCCGCGCGGGGCCCACGCGCUCUACAGGCCGGCCCUGGCAGGACAACCGCACCCAGGAGCAGGCCCAGGCCCUCAGGGAGGCCUUCCAGACUGUGCUGGUGAUCACGUACCGAGAACCCCCAAAUCCUGAGUAUCAGGAAUUCCAGAAUCGUCUGCUGAUAAGAGCCCGAGAAGAUUUCGGAGUGGAGCUGGCCCCUUCCCUGAUGAACCUCAUCGCUGGCUGCUUCUACGACGGCAUCCUGCUCUAUGCUGAAGUCCUGAACGAGACCCUCCAGGAAGGAGGCACCCGGGAGGACGGGCUGCGGAUUGUGGAGAAGAUGCAAGGCCGGAGGUACCACGGUGUGACUGGCUUGGUUGUUAUGGACAAGAACAAUGACCGGGAGACCGAUUUCGUCCUGUGGGCCAUGGGAGACCUGGAUUCUGGGGACUUCCAGCCUGCAGCCCACUACUCGGGAGCCGAGAAGCAGAUCUGGUGGACAGAACGGCCUAUUGCCUGGGUGAAGGGGGCGCCCCCCCUGGACAACCCCCCCUGUGCCUUUGACUUGGACGACCCAUCCUGUGAUAAAACUCCUCUCUCGACACUGGCCAUUGUGGCUCUGGGCACAGGCAUCACCUUCAUAAUGUUUGGCGUUUCCAGCUUUCUGAUUUUCCGGAAGCUGAUGCUGGAGAAGGAGCUGGCCAGCAUGCUGUGGCGCAUCCGCUGGGAAGAGCUGCAGUUCGGCAACUCAGAGCGCUGUCACAAAGGCGCAGGCAGCCGCCUCACGCUGUCGCUGCGGGGAUCCAGUUACGGCUCGCUCAUGACAGCCCAUGGGAAAUACCAGAUCUUUGCCAACACCGGUCACUUCAAGGGAAAUGUUGUGGCCAUCAAACACGUGAACAAGAAGCGCAUUGAGCUGACCCGGCAAGUUCUGUUUGAACUCAAACAUAUGAGAGAUGUCCAGUUCAAUCAUCUCACUCGCUUCAUUGGAGCCUGCAUAGACCCUCCCAACAUCUGCAUCGUCACCGAGUAUUGUCCUCGUGGGAGUUUGCAGGAUAUUCUAGAAAAUGACAGCAUCAACUUGGACUGGAUGUUCCGUUAUUCACUCAUUAAUGACCUUGUCAAGGGUAUGGCCUUUCUCCACAACAGCAUUAUUUCAUCCCAUGGGAGUCUCAAGUCCUCCAACUGUGUGGUGGAUAGCCGUUUUGUCCUCAAAAUCACAGACUACGGCCUGGCCAGCUUCCGAUCGACUGCUGAACCCGAUGACAGCCACGCCCUCUAUGCCAAGAAGCUGUGGACCGCCCCAGAGCUGCUCAGUGGGAACUCCUUGCCAACCACCGGCAUGCAGAAGGCUGACGUCUAUAGCUUUGGGAUCAUCCUGCAGGAGAUAGCGCUUCGCAGUGGUCCUUUCUACUUGGAAGGCCUGGACCUCAGCCCAAAAGAGAUCGUCCAGAAGGUGCGCAAUGGUCAGCGGCCAUAUUUCCGGCCAAGCAUCGACCGGACCCAGCUGAACGAGGAGCUAGUUCUGCUGAUGGAGCGAUGCUGGGCCCAGGACCCAGCCGAGCGGCCAGACUUCGGACAGAUUAAGGGCUUCAUACGCCGCUUUAACAAGGAAGGUGGCACCAGCAUAUUGGACAACCUCCUGCUGCGCAUGGAGCAGUAUGCCAAUAACCUGGAGAAGCUGGUGGAGGAACGCACGCAGGCCUACCUGGAGGAGAAGCGCAAGGCUGAGGCUCUGCUCUACCAGAUUCUACCCCAUUCAGUGGCAGAGCAGCUAAAGCGGGGAGAGACUGUUCAGGCGGAGGCCUUUGACAGUGUUACCAUCUACUUCAGUGACAUCGUUGGCUUCACAGCGCUGUCAGCAGAGAGCACCCCCAUGCAGGUGGUGACACUUCUUAAUGACCUGUACACCUGCUUUGACGCCAUAAUUGACAACUUUGACGUCUACAAGGUGGAGACAAUUGGGGAUGCCUACAUGGUGGUAUCUGGCCUCCCAGGCCGAAAUGGUCAACGCCACGCACCAGAAAUUGCUCGGAUGGCCCUAGCCUUACUGGAUGCAGUUUCUUCGUUCCGCAUCCGCCACCGACCGCAUGACCAGCUGAGGCUGCGCAUAGGGGUCCACACUGGGCCAGUCUGCGCAGGGGUUGUUGGCCUGAAAAUGCCCCGCUAUUGUCUUUUCGGCGACACAGUGAACACCGCUUCUAGAAUGGAGUCCAAUGGCCAAGCCCUGAAGAUCCACGUGUCCUCUACCACCAAGGAUGCCCUGGAUGAGCUGGGUUGCUUCCAGCUAGAGCUCCGGGGGGACGUGGAGAUGAAGGGAAAAGGAAAGAUGCGAACUUACUGGCUCCUAGGAGAGCGGAAAGGAUCCCCUGGGCUCCUGUAAACCCCACUGCCUCCCAAGUCAGACAAUCUCCUGCUGCUGGUGCCUGGGUGGGCAGUGGCCACCAUCUCCACACACGAGAAACAGACGUUGUUACGUGAGAUGAAGACGUGCAGAAGAACCUACUUCUAUGGACGUUGUAGCCCUCUGCAGCUCAGCCUUGUACAUAUACCUGCCCCUCUCUGGCUUGGUCCCCCUUCCUCCCUACCUUCUGUAAAUAUCUGUAUCUAAACCAGAAUAUUUUGGCCAAAUAUAAAACACCACCACCACCAA